CAAAAUUCAGAUUGAUCCGAGAAGAUGAAGAUAGAAUAUGAAGAAAUUUUUGGCAUCGAUGCCAAGCAACUAAAUGGGGUGAGGAGUUUUACUAUCCGCUCGGUAACGAUAACGAAGAUGAGCAGGACGGAGAACAGUUUUUUGCGCAAACAUGGUGAUAUUUAUAGAUACUGAUAGAUUGCGAGUCUUCUUGACAGUCAGAACGAAUUGUCCGCAGCAGUAAAUACAUAAACGUAUUUUUGUUGACGGACUAGUUCCGUUCGUUAUUGUACCAACAUCAACAUGUUGAUGUUGGUACUUCGAGGUUGCAGACGUACUAUCUCUGCAUCCAACAUUUUUAGUUUCGAAGCAAAAAAUGUGUCGCGGCUAAAGACAAGGGUAGGCUUUGACAGAUUCCUAUCUAUUCCAUGUUCAGGACAUGCUCCGGUGCUAAAGACCCCAUCUAAGACGAAAAUUUAAGCCGCUGACUCUGCUAAAAAAAAUGUGAUAGUGUAAUGGAAGACUGUAUCGAAAUCGAUGUGAGAUAGAAUUAUCCUUUUUCAAUAUGCUUUAUAGAUGUCUACGCCUCCCAUUCCAAUUCAGCUCUGCAUAAAAACAAAAACGCACAACUAUCCGAGGAGGUAUCGUGGUUUUAAGCGGAUCACCAUGAUACCCCCUCGGAUAGUCAGAAUAUUUGGUAAUUUCAAUCAAUGUCGACGAGGGAAAAAAGCAAGAAAAAGCACACAAAGCAAUAAGAAGGUUUGUCCCUGCAGCUAGUGGUAAAAUCGUCACCUGCUGACUCACCAAAGUCAGUGGCAGGAGGCGCACCGCUUUCGCUGCCAGAUCACGUCGUCACGCGGAUCUACAUGUUUAUUUUUUCGUUGAGCUUCCUUUUACCAAUUUCUAGUCGCACGAUAUAAUAAGUGAAGGAUGGAGAUGGAGGUAUCCUAGGUUUUCGCAGCUUCUGUGCGGCUGUAGACGAAGUCGAGUUGAAGCCAGAACCUGCGAAGCUAGGGUCGUCCUUCCGUGCCACAUUGUACGUGCCUAGCAUGAUGCUCAGCAAGAGCUAAAUUUAGCAUAGCCAUCAAACAGAAAAAGAAUGUUGAUGUCGAAGCAAGACUGAGCAGCCUUUUUUUCUUCUUCUAGUCUCGCAAAUUUUAUUUCGCGAAUUUGGCCAGUCGCUAGUUUGUCGCAAGGAGAGUGACGAAUUGCUCGUGACAGAUUGCAAUUCAAUCGUAACUGACAGCAUCGACUCUGGCUCAGGCUCUGCGAAAAAAAGAUGAGAACCGGCUAGAAGACGUCCAUGACGGAAAAAGAAAAUCGCAGUCUGGAUCGAUGUUUUUCAAGUAUUGAGCUGCUUAUCUGGACUGUCUUUUAAGUUAGUUUCUAUUUCUAAAGGAUCCGUGCUUUUUUUAGCAAGAAAUUCAAAUUUUCAAAUCUAAUCGCUCUAUGCUAGUAAGGUCCUCAGUCAC